GCUGCUGGGUUUUAUUCCUUACUUUUUCAGUUUUCAAUCCACAGCCACCUGAAGAAAGUCCGAAGUCGAAAGACAAUCCCAACACCCAAACCUUCCUUUAGAUUUCUCUGCCUCUGUUUUUCUCGCUCUCUCCCGCUGGCCAUGAGUCUCUUCGGUCUGGGCAGAAACCAGAGGACAUUCCGUCCAAAAAAGAGUGCACCCUCAGGGAGUAAGGGGGCACAACUCAGAAAGCACAUUGAUGCCACCCUAGGUAGUGGAAACCUGAGGGAAGCAGUAAAACUUCCUACUGGAGAGGAUUUAAAUGAGUGGCUUGCCGUCAACACUGUUGAUUUCUUCAACCAAGUGAAUUUGCUCUUUGGUACGCUCACAGAAUUCUGUACUGAUGAGAAUUGUCCAACAAUGACUGCAGGCCCCAAAUACGAGUAUAGAUGGGCAGAUGGUGAAAAAAUAAAGAAACCUAUUGAGGUUUCUGCUCCGAAAUAUGUUGAACUUUUGAUGGACUGGAUUGAAGGCCAGCUUGAUAAUGAAUCUAUAUUUCCUCAAAGGCUUGGGGCACCCUUUCCUCCCAAUUUCAAGGAUGUUGUGAAGACAAUAUUCAAAAGAUUGUUCCGCGUAUAUGCCCACAUCUAUCACUCUCAUUUCCAAAAAAUUGUAAGCCUCAAGGAGGAGGCCCAUCUAAACACGUGCUUUAAGCAUUUCAUACUAUUUACUUGUGAAUUUGGGCUAAUUGACAGAAAAGAGCUGGCUCCACUUCAAGAGCUCAUAGAUUCCAUAAUUGUUCCUUACUAAAUGGAUUGGCUUAUCCUGUAAAACAUAAUGAUGUAUUAGGGAAACUUGAUUGAGCUAAAUGAAAUAAAACACUACUCAACUGUAUGACUCUAGGGACUCUCUCAAGUUUCUUUAUAUUACAAAUUCAGGUGCUUGUGCUGUA